AUGGCUUGCAAUGAAUCAUCGAUGAUUGCAUCAUCUGCUGAGGAACAAAAUGAAAAACCACUAAUUGAUGAAGAAAUUAUUUGUCCAAAAUUUAAAAAUUGUAAUGGUAUACGACGACCUGUAUGUGAUAGCAAUGGUAAUUGGCAUCGAAAUCAUUGUACCUUUUUGCAUGCACAAUGCAUUGCUGCAAAACGUGGACAAUGUCUAACAAUAGCUGAUGAAAAAUGGUGCUCAGUUAGUGAUGAGAAACGUAAAGAAAAGAAAACACUUCAAAAUUCAAAAAUGUCACGUCGUUGUUAUCGUCAAUGUUCAAAAAAUCUUGCCUAUGAACCAAUAUGUGCAACAACUUUUGUGACAUAUCCUAAUCGUUGUUUAUUUUUAAAUGCAAAAUGUCGUGAUAAAAACUUGGAACAAUUAUAUUAUGGUGAAUGCCGUGAUUGUUUAAUUUCAAAUUGCAAUAAAAUAAUGGAUGAGAAUGAAUUGGAUUCAAAUUUUGUUUGUGAUCAAGCUGGAAAUACAAAGAGAAAAUGCGAAUUUGAAAUGCUACGAUGCAUUUAUGAACGAAAAUUUGGUUAUAAUAUUACCAUCGCAUAUAUGGGACGAUGUUGUCCAACUGAAGAUUCAUGCAUGCAAUCGUUUGGUGACAAAGUUCAGCUGAAAUCGCAGGGGUCACCAGUUUGCGAUUCGCAUAAUGUCACACAUUCAAGUCGUUGUCUCUUUGAAGUUUGUAUAAAAUAG